AUGUCAUCACUUCAUCCCUUACCUUCGCGUCGAUUCCCGACAUCGGGCUUUGUGAAGUUAGAUUUGUCCCAGAAGAUUGAAGAAGAGAAGCUCCCUGGUUACGUUGCGGAAGACUAUUUCCCUGUCUAUAUUGGUGAAGUGUUUGCAUCAAGAUACCAGGUUGUUUCCAAGCUCGGGUACGGCAUGUCUUCGACUGCCUGGCUUUGCCGCGACCUUCGGUCGUUAGAUCAUGGUUUCCGCACACUGAAAAUAUGUGUUCGAGGAAAGCCGCCUGCGCAUGAGAUGGCCAUUUCAGAUCACUUAAAGGCCUCCGACGACCAUUCUGGGAAAAAGCUAGUUCGUCUAGUUCUCGAUUCGUUUGAAGUCAUUGGCCCUCAUGGAAAACACACAUGCUUGGUUUAUCAACCUCUUGGAAUGAGCUUCACUGAGUUUCAGGACCUGUGUCCCGAUGAAAAGUUGCCAAAGGAUCUCAUCCAGAGAAGUCUUCAACUUAUCUUGAUUUCCUUGGCAUUCAUGCAUAACAACAAUGUUGUGCAUACUGAUAUCUCGUCGAAUAACAUCCUCCAAGGAGUUGAUGAUAGUUCUAUUCUCUCUCAGAUUGAAGAAGAUGAAAUGAAGCGACCAAUUGCGAGAAAGGUAUUAGCUGAUCGUCAUAUAUACUAUUCUCGGCCGAUGCCGGUCAGUACAGGUCUACCAGUUCUUUCCGACCUUGGUGAGGCUAGAGCCGGGAACCACAAGCAUAGAGGUGACAUUAUGCCAGGCAUUUAUCGGGCACCAGAAGUGGUUUUGAACAUGGAUUGGGAUUGUAAGGUUGAUAUCUGGUCGAUUGGUGUUAUGGCUUGGGAUUUGGCGCAAGGUCACCAUCUCUUUUUUGCGAAGAAAGACCGGGUCCUCGACGACGAACAACACCUGGCGGAAAUGGUGUCACUUAUGGGACCUCCUCCUCCCGAGUACCUUGCCAAAAGUGACAAGGCUGCCCAGUACUGGGAUGACCAAGGAAACUGGAAUGGUUCUAUACCUGUACCAACGCAAUCACUGGAAAAAAGAGAGCAGCAAUUCUUAGGUGAAGACAAAGAACUCUUCCUGAAUUUCUUGCGGAGAAUUCUGCGCUGGUUGCCUGAGGAGCGGCCGACCGCGGAGGAGCUUGCCUAUGACGACUUUCUGAUGCAGCCAGUGUUGCAAGCGAGGGCUUCUACUUGA